AUAUUUAUGGGAUUACUCGAUUCAUAUAUAUAAAUCCUUCAUCUUUUCUUGUGGAAUAAUAGCUUUACGACAUUUAUCUAAUUUUGUACCAUGAUUGCCGUAACAUGUUAUUACAAAAAACAGUUACUGUAAUACAGAUAUUUCAAUAUUUAUGCUUCAACUGGUGCACCCAUUCAGUUUAUCUCACCUUGAUAGGAAGGCGAAUUCACCUAGGGAAUCGGAUACACCAUUCAUCUGUGAAAAUGAAUGCUCCACCGACUUUCGAAUCGUUUUUGUUGUUCGAUGGAGAGAAAAAAAUAACAAUUGAGAAGGACACAAAGGUUCCUAAUGCUGCAAUAUUCACCGUCAAUAAGGAGGACCACACUCUGGGGAACAUGAUUACAGCCCAGCUGAGGAAAGACCCACAGGUUUUGUUUGCUGGGUAUAAAAACCCCCACCCCCUGGAGCACAAGUUUGUCUUGAGGGUACAAACCACUGCUGACUACAGCCCCCAAGAGGCCAUAACCCAUGCCAUUACUGAUCUGAUCUCGGAGUUCUCACUGCUAGAGGAGAGAUUUAAGGAAGCUGUCCGCGAAAAACAAGAAGGAGACUUGAUUUAAAGGAAGCUACAUUUUUACUAAGAAAUAGGACAGUAAACAAGACGAUUAAACUCAGCGCCAGCAGAGCUAUGUGUGGGAAUGUGGUUGCCAAAGAAGGAAUCUUGCUAACAUUUUAUUGAAAGUCAAAAAAUUAUAAAACAGAAAGAGAAUGGAGACGACAAACUUUGUAAGCAACUACAUUGAAGUCUUAGUGCUUAAAACAGUAUCUCACCAGGGACGUAUGUACUGGUGUUUUUAGGAAAGACGCAACUUUUGUUCUUGUUGAGAUUUUUACAUCUGGGAGAAAAUGAGGAAUUGUGAAUGUAAUAUGUGUACUUGAAAGAUGAAUGUAAAUCUUUUGUUUGACUGUAGUGUUUGUGAAUAUGAAUGUUUGGUAAUAAAAAGAGAAUGUAUAUUGUUAAGAAAAA